UUUUUUUGGCCCCAUUUCCACUCAGGCGUCAAACGUCACGAAUCUGUCAGUGGGUAGCCGGUUUUCGAAGUUUGUCCGACAGUCCGCGAAGGUAGCAGCGUUCCUCCGAGCUAGGCAGUUUCUCCCUGCGAUCAGCGCCAUUGUGUGACAGAGUCUCCAGCAGCGCGGACGCUUUGUGUUUCCCCCUGUAGAGUGGACUGUUUAAAUCUACCAAUGUUUCUCUUCCAAACUCCAGUGGACCUGAAUCUGAUUUAUGUUCAGUAAAGGUGCCAAGCGAAAACUGGAUGAGGAUGAAGAGGUGCUGGAAGGCAAAACGCUGGAGGCGUCGGCGGCAGGAGGAGGAUUCGGCCUGGGCCACGAGGGCCUGUCCAAGGUGUCGUACACCCUUCAGAGGCAGACCAUCUUCAACAUCUCACUAAUGAAGCUGUACAGCCAGCGGCCACUGAACGAGCCCAGCCUGGAGCGUCGCGUCCUCAUCAACAACAUGUUGCGGCGUAUCCAGGACGAACUGAAGCAGGAAGGCUCCUUGCGGCCAUUGCUUCUGCCGCCGUCGCCGCCGCCCGACGAUCCAAUGGACGAGGGCUUCCGUGAGGCCCCGCCCACAUUUGGAGUUCUGUCAGCAGCGGUGACGGCCCAGGUGUCCCCACCUUCCGCGUUGUUGAUGCCUAUGAUCAUUCCUCCACCUUCGCCACACCCGUCUGUGCCCCCCGCCUGCCCGCCUCCGUUGGAUGUCUGCCUCACGCCAGCGUCUUUGCUGGAGGACGACAGCGCGGAUUCUUCCUUCUGCACGUCAUCUCCGCCCACUCCCCCUCUCUCACCUCCCCCGUUACAAAGUCAGACGUCCGCCGCCAUCUCUCCGCCUCCUGCCUCGUCCAGUGACGUGAGUGACAUGGCUUUACGUCCUUCUACAGCCAUAAACAGGACCGCAGCAGCCAAUUCAAUGACAGUAACUACCUCCCUCACUCCCACCACACUCACCCACGCCUCCCACUUGACGGCCUCGUCCCCUGCAUCCUUGGGCCCGGCAAAGGACUGCAGAACGUCGGGCUCGAAAACCGAAGCAGCUUGUGUCUCCUUAGCAGAAGGCUGCUGUGCCGAGCUUCGACCGAUGGAUGCCCUGCCCGCAGUGGCCCCCGUUGCCCCCCUUGACCUUUACCCCUCUCAUUCCCCCCAUUCCACACCCUCUGGGUUCCUCACCGACCUGGCGCUGGACGACGUCCUCUUCGCCGACAUCGACACGUCCAUGUACGAUUUUGAUCCCUGCGUGACGGCGGGGGUGGUUAGCGUGUCGGCCGGCACCAGCCUCACCAAAAUGUCCCCGGUGGUGACGGCGGAUGACCUCCUUAAAUCCCUAACGGCUCCGUACAGUAGCCCCACCCCACAGGUUUCAGCCAAUCAGCCUUUUAAAAUUGAUCUGACAGAACUUGAUCACAUCAUGGAAGUGUUGGUUGGUUCAUGACAAGCAGGCGCCCCCCACCUUUUACAAACAGACACUGCAAUCUAGACAAGAGACUGAAAUGAAUAUUUCGACAGAUCUGGGAUUUGUUUUUCUGCUUGUUUUUCAUUUUGUGGUUUUAAAGUUUGCAAUUUUAAUUUUCCUACUACUACUAGUACUACUACUACUACUACUACUUCUACACUGUGCAUGGACUGUCCUCACCUUUCCAAACACAGAAAUGAAAUUAUUGGGAAGCAAAUAUAGAAAUCAGUUUACAUUUUGAUGCUGGUGAGGACCUCCAAGGAAUUCAUUUGCUCAGAUGAACAUAAGUCUAGUUUUAACCUGGAACAUUGACCUUAGCCAUAGUCCUCAACGUGUCGCUUUUUUUUUUUUUUUUAGCAGACAAUCCUAAGAGGGUCCUCACCAGUACAGAAAUUUAUGGAGAAACACACUCACACAGACACGCUGACAAACACACACACACACACACACACACACACACACACACACACACACACACACACUGAAUGUGUGUCUUUUAGGAGAUGAGUGCCUUCCAAAAAACAUGACCACUUAUUCAAUUCUUGUUUUUUUUCCAUUUCCUCUAAGUUGUUGUUUUGUCAUAUUUUUUAAUUUAUUAAAUUUACUGUUCACUUAGUGAGUAAUGUCCUCAUGAUCAAAUAAUAAUAAUUUCAUUGUCUUUUAUUACAGAUGCCUUCAUGUUGAAAACCCAUCUUUCUCUCAGAAGGAAAUAGUCCGCCACUCAUUAAUCAUUCUUUGGUAAUAUUUCUGACACUCUUCAGAGCGGGUGAUUCGAUGUUGAUCUCAGUUCAGGUCUGGCUUUACAAACCUGCUGGUGCAAAGCGGUGUGAGAUGCUAUUUUCUACGGGCUUUUUUUUUUUUUUUUUUUAAAUGCCGGGCAGAAUUCUGAUCCAAUACAGAGUCGAUAGACUUUGUUGUGUUUACAUUAGAAACGGUUGCGGAAUCUUGUGCUCCGGUCAGGUGGACAAGUGUCUAAAGUCCAACUGAAACAGAGACAUGCACAAGAAUUGUAAACAAAUCAGCUAUCACAUAUCGCAGGCAAAGCCAUGGUGGCACUUUGGUGACGCAAUUAUUUUCUUAAAAUUGUAUGAAGACAAAUGCGUAAGUGUAUUUCUAGCAAUGCCUUCUUUUGUUUGUUUGUUUGUUUGUUUGUUUUUUGUUACAGCCGAUUUAGUAAGUUGAGUGACAGGCAAAUUACAGCAAGGCAUACAGUAUUACACAAAGCCCAUUUGCACAAACCGUAUGGUUCAGAAUAGAAGCUCAUAUUUACUAAAUCUCAGGGUUUUACUCACUAUUGUGCAGCACUGUCAUGAGGUUUACCCCAAACACCCUAGAUGUUUAUAAACAUACUCAAUUCCUGGAGGGCUAAAUCUGCCCAGUAAUCACUUUCAAACUGAUACUUCCAGUUGUUGCACAGUUGUGGCCGUAAAGCGUUUUGUCUCACACGAAAAAAAAAAUAAAAUUAUUACAACUUUGCCAAUGUCGGUGUCACAUAUUAAGCCAAAAUGUGCACCGAUUCUAUAGUACCGUAUUUCCUUAAAUAGUGGUCUUCACUCUUAACCGAUCCCUGAAUAGAUCCUCCUUUCCCCUCCCCUCUCAGAAAAAAAUUCCUUAUGCAUCUACUGCAUUAGUACAAUUCAUACAAAAGUGUGCUGCAGUUGGCUUGCAUCUAGUCCAAGGGUGCCCCCCAUCGCUUCCCCAAAAUCAGCUGGGAAAGGCUUCGACCCCUAUGACCUUAAUGAGUAAAAGCAGUAUACACUGUGAAAAAAAAACAA